AUGGGCAAUCAUCUGAGGAAGAUCGGAGAGGGACGGCGAGGAGAAGAACAAGCACGAAGAAAACACUUAGCCAAUCUGAAAAAAGUCAUCAGCAGCAAGAUAAUGUAUAAUUGGGACUAUUUAAUCAGUGGAUCAGUGGAGAAAAUCGGGGAAGGAGCUAAUGGAAAGAUAGCCCAGGGAGCUCAAAGUGUUCGGCAGAAGAAGGCAGAAAAACAACGACUAUACAGGCAGAAGAAGAAACUGACUGCUAAAGAAAAAAAGAAGCGGCAGACAAGGAGAAGUUUGAAAGAGCGCUGCAAUUGA